AUGUCUGACUGGUCUGAUCUUACCGCGGCUCUCAAAGGAAGCUUAGACAAGCUUUCCAAGCUUCUCCAAUCCGAUGCACAACUCAAAGCCUUUACGACUUCGAAUGCCAUUGACAAGGAUGUGACUUUCGGCAUCAAGUCAAGCGGUUCUGACAACACCCUCCUCGUCACAGUCACCAACGGCAGCGCAAAAGCCAGCACAGGCUCUUCGAAAGAUGCCCUGUUCACGCUCUCUGCUCUGCCCGAGCAAUGGGAACAGCACUUCAAGGCAGUUCCGGCGAUGCCGUACCAGAGUUAUUGGGGAAUGUUUGGCAUGAACAUCAAGCAGAAAGGCAUUGAAGUCCUGGGCGAUCAGACGGCCUUUGCACAAUGGACACAUGUCUGGAGGCGCGUCCUCGAACUCACACACGACGCGCACUGUGGACCGAUGAAGGAGGACGAGCAAGCCGAACCCGAGCGCGAUUUCCUUACUGGCAAGUACCUGUACCUCGAUGCUCCAGUAUGGGGUAGGUGCAAAACCUUCUACGAGUACUCUGGUGAGGGAAAGCAACCCAUCGUCUUUCUGCAUACCGCUGGCAGCGAUAGCCGGCAAUACCACGGUGUCAUGAACGACGCGAAGAUGCGCAAGAAGUGCAUCAUGUACGCAUUUGACUUGCCAGGACAUGGACGCAGCUUCCCUUCGAAGAACUACUCCCCGGGCGCGCAUACAAACACCGAAGAUAGCUAUGUAGGCAUCAUCACGGCUUUCGUGAAGGCCCUGGGUCUGCGAAGACCAAUCAUUUGCGGUGCAAGCAUGGCUGGCCAAAUCUUCCACGGCGACCUCGACUUCUACUUCGGAGGUUGGGACGGACGUUCACGCGUAGCCUCGAUCGAUACCCAGAACUGUCCCGUAUACAUGUUGACCGGCGAGUACGAUUGGUCCAACACCCCAGAGAUGGGACAGGCGACGGCGGACAAGAUACCCGGAGCGAUGCACAAGGCGAUGCCGGAUCUGGGUCAUUUCCCGGCGACGGAAAAUCCGGCGAAGUUUGUGCCGCAUCUUAUUGAGGCGGUUGAUCAUAUAUUGAAGAUUAGGUCGGAUAAUUUGAGUACUAUGCGGUUGGGUGAUGGUACGGAUUAG